AGCAGUAGCAACCCGGUAUGGUGGAAGAAGCCAGGCAGUGGAGAAGGCAGACGGAGGAAAGGGAAAAAGCUUGGCUCAACAGUAGCCCCCGGUGCUGCACUGUCUUCAAUCAUGAAAACUGUGGUGGAUCCGGACAACACUGUUGGCAAGAGACGUAAGCAACGAUUGCUGUCUAAAUGUGCCGACAACUUUGCGCCAGGUGUUAUCUAUUCCAUGGAGAAGAGGAAGCGAUGGGAAGAGGCUAACCCGGCGUCUCUACUUGAUGGCCUGCAAAGCGAUGAGGUUUCAGCCCAAGUCGUUGAAUGGAAAACACCACUUCCGGCUAAUUACUGGAAGUACAGAACGGUUAAUGCGGUGCAUGAACUCAACGACGAUUGUGAGAUGGUGUCAAAGGUCAUUGGAGGACAGGGCACAUCACUUUCCUGUUUGAUGGCUUCUCCCCAUGGAAAGCAUCGAUCACGUCGUCGCACGAAACGUGGUACUGUCGAAGAAGACGAUGAAAAUGGUGAUGCCACGAAAGUCGUGCCUAGGACUGCUCAAAUUCGCUAUAACAUCAUGCACGAGAAACCCCUAUAUUAUGGUCGACCCAUGCGAGGAAGGGCGGAUUUCAAAGACCCUUGCUGGGCAUGUCGUCGUGGAGGAUUGGAUUACUCCAUGUCAGAGUCAACGAUGCUGACACAAAAGUGUGAAUGA